AUAUAAUGAAUAAGCUAUCACAUUCUCUUAUUUUUUCAACCAAUCAUACUCUUCUUACCUUAUCCUUUUCUCCCUUUUAAUCCAAAUAUACAAAACACUCUCUUACCACACACAUUUCAGCAGAUAAUAAUAAUACUAAUAAUGGCCACAGCCUCAGCUACAAUUCCAUCUACAAUCACUGUUGUAGGAAGCUCCAUUGUCACCAAAUCAUCAAGGAAUAAGAAAAGCAAUGUGAAGUUCAUCAAUGGUCUCAGUUCUUUCAAUGGAUUGAAAGCUCAGAACACUGUUACAUCACUAGGACUUCCACUUUGCACUGAACAAGCCUUUGCAAAAGUGAUGAUGUCAUUGAAAUAUCCAUCAAAAGGAGGAAGAAGAAGUGGAGGAGGUGGUGCUGUUUCUUCAACAUGUAAUGCUGCUGGUGAGAUUUUUCAGAUUGCAGCUAUUAUCAAUGGACUUACUCUUGUUGGUGUUGCUGUUGGAUUUGUUCUUCUUCGAAUUGAAGCUGCUGUGGAAGAAGCUGAGUAAGAAAACAUGAAUUUUUACAUAUAUGUAAUCAUGUAAUAUGUAACUUUGUUGUUAUAUCACAAAAUUAAACAACUUGUGUAUCUUUUGUUUGAUUCUUGAUGUGAUCAUGUAGAAUUCAAUUGUUCUAAUUGGAGGUGUUUUGAAUAGUGUACUUCUUUUAUUUUUAUUUUGAGUAA